UUACAUCCAGUACUUUUGUCAACCGGUUUUCCACUUUAUUUAUUUAUUUCUCUUCUCGCUCUCUCGCUCUGCAUUUCCAUUUUUCUGAUCCGAAAUACGAAUAACCCAUUUUGGAUCCGGCAUUCUCUUGUCAGAUCCAAAACCCUCCAUUUCUUUUUUUCUUGCGUUAAAAAAUGGCGACAAUGGAGAGCUUGAUCGGGCUCGUAAACAAAAUCCAAAGAGCCUGCACCGUCCUUGGCGAUCAUGGCGGCCAAGGAAUGUCGCUAUGGGAAGCUCUUCCUUCUGUUGCUGUUGUUGGUGGCCAGAGCUCUGGGAAAUCUUCGGUUUUGGAGAGCAUUGUAGGGAGAGAUUUCUUGCCUCGUGGAUCCGGGAUUGUUACACGGAGGCCGUUGGUGUUGCAGCUUCAUAAGACACAAUCAGGGGCGGAAUAUGCAGAGUUUCUUCACGCACCAAAGAGGAGGUUCACUGAUUUCGCUGCUGUUCGUAAGGAGAUUUCAGAUGAAACAGAUCGAAUAACUGGGAAGACAAAGCAAAUCUCUAAUAUUCCAAUUCACUUGAGCAUAUAUUCUCCAAAUGUUGUCAACUUGACACUUAUAGAUCUUCCUGGGUUGACAAAGGUUGCUGUAGAAGGACAGUCAGAUAGUAUAGUUGAAGAUAUUGAAAAUAUGGUCCGUUCUUAUGUUGAAAAGCCUAAUUGCAUCAUAUUGGCUAUUACUCCUGCUAAUCAAGACAUUGCUACUUCAGAUGCCAUAAAACUUGCAAGAGAAGUGGAUCCAUCAGGUGAAAGAACUUUUGGGGUGCUAACAAAACUUGAUCUGAUGGAUAAGGGAACAAAUGCUACAGAAGUUCUUGAAGGAAGGGCAUAUAGGCUACAACAUCCUUGGGUUGGAAUUGUGAAUCGUUCUCAAGCUGACAUCAAUAAGAAUGUUGAUAUGAUUGUUGCUCGUCGAAAAGAGCGUGAAUAUUUUGAAACAAGCCCUGAUUAUGGACACUUGGCGAGCAAAAUGGGAUCGGAGUAUCUUGCAAAACUUUUAUCUCAGCAUUUAGAGCUUGUUAUUAGGCAGCGCAUACCAAGCAUCAUUUCUAUGAUUAAUAAGACAAUUGAUGAGCUCAACGCAGAGUUGGAUCGCAUUGGCAGGCCAGUUGCAGCUGAUGGAGGGGCCCAGUUGUACAUGAUUUUAGAACUUUGCCGUGCAUUUGAUCGUGUUUUCAAGGAGCACCUGGAUGGAGGGCGACCUGGCGGUGAUAGGAUAUAUGGAGUUUUUGACCACCAAUUGCCAGCUGCAUUGAAGAAACUCCCCUUUGAUCGUCAUCUUUCAUUAAAAAAUGUCCAGAAAGUUGUCACUGAGGCCGAUGGCUAUCAGCCCCAUUUGAUUGCUCCAGAACAAGGAUACAGGAGGCUCAUUGAUGGUUCCAUCACCUAUUUCAAGGGCCCAGCAGAAGCCUCUGUAGAUGCUGUGCAUUUUGUUUUGAAAGAACUUGUGAGGAAGUCAAUAGCUGAAACAGAGGAACUUAAGCGAUUCCCAUCACUUCAAAAUGACAUAGCUACUGCUGCAAAUGAAGCUUUGGAAAGAUUUCGUGAAGAAAGUCGUAAAACAGUGGUGCGGCUAGUAGAGAUGGAAUCUAGUUACUUGACGGUUGAUUUUUUCCGGAAGCUUCAUGCAGCACCAGAGAAGAAACCAGAGAAGAAUGGGAACCCACCUGGCCCAAAUAAUGACCAUUUCCAUGAUACUUCUCUCGCAAGGAUAGGAUCAAAUGUUAGCGCUUAUAUAGCCAUGGUUUCUGAUACAUUGAAGAAUACUAUUCCUAAAGCUGUGGUUUAUUGCCAAGUGAGAGAGGCCAAGAGGUCACUGUUGACCCACUUUUAUGCCCAAGUAGGGAGGAAAGAGAAGGAACGACUGAGUGCAAUGUUGGAUGAGGACCCUCAACUCAUGGAAAAGAGAACACAGAUUGCUAAAAGGCUGGAGCUUUACAAAGCAGCCAGAGAUGAGAUUGAUGCUGUUGCCUGGAAAUGAUAUAUAUAUAUAUAUAUAUAUAUAUAUAUCCAUCUUCAUUUUCUUUUAUUUUUUUCUUUCCCACAUCCAUCCAUUUAAGCGUUCUAAAUUCUUUUACAUAUGAUCAAACAUAUUCUGUCAACAACGUGUCUCGUAGUAAAAUGCCCAACUUAUUGUUUAACAUGAUUCAAGUCUUGAUAGUUUCAUAUACUAAAAUAAACAAACAAAUUAACUUC